AUGGCAGCGGAUGCCGCAAGAGAUGAGGCCAUGGCUUUCGAGACCUGUUUGGCCCAAGGCUCCAGCUCCUAUCAAGAAACUGAGCUGGACCAUUCCGAGGCUCGGUCGAGAUGGUGCUGCUUGAGACAGAACCUGCCUGCAACAGUUUGCUUAGUGAUGAUUGGUGCAGUCAAGGUGGCUUGCACAAAUGUGGGCAACUUUUUCAGGUGUUUGCUGGGGACUUUCUGGCAGAGGUCGCCGCUACUUAGCCUGCCGGUGUCCGGGCGGGACGCAGACUUUUCAGGUGCCAUUUCUGCUGCAGAAGUUUCGCCAGAGCAGAUCUCGCCGCGGCCUGCGGCCAGCCCGGAGGAAACGAGUGGGGCAUCUCCCUCGGAGCCGGGGCCGUCUGGAAAGACGCUGAUAGCUGGAUUCUAUCUGAGCGACUGGCAGCUUCCUCCUGGACUCGGCAACAGGAACUUAGAUGAAGUUGUUGCCGAGGUAGAGAGAUCUUGUGCCAGAGUUGGACCUAUAACUCGGCAGCAAGCUCUGCGACUAGUUAUAGGCAUGGGCUACAAUGCAGAAGCAGCCGUAGACAAGUGGCGAGACGUGGUUUCCUGGAGACGGGAGCAUCACAUGGAUGCCGUUCGCGCACGCCUUCUUGGUGCAAUGUGCAGCCAACACCCAGUGCGUUUUUCACACGAAGUUGACGUGUACAGCAAGCUAUUUCGUGGUUGUCCAUGUGCCCUUUUGACUGCAGAUGGCCGCCCAGUUUCGGUUUGGCACGCUGGUGCCGCAGAUAUGGGACGGGUGGGUGAUUUGCCACCAGAUCAUUGCCGGCGAUGGAGUCAGGAAGUUUUUGAGUACGCCGACCUGUGGAUUGCAAGAGAGACUGAGAGGACGAGAUGCCUCAGUGGCUACCUCCAAGUCUAUAACAUGCAGGGCCUGAGCCUGCGACAGGUCACGUCUCCGGAAGUGAAGGAUCGACUGAAGGCUGCUUUGUCUGCGGGCGGCUUCUAUGUUGAGGCAGUAGCACACGUUUACGUGGUGAACGCUUCGCGGCUCUUCUCCAUGGCGUGGAAACUUAUCCGUGGUUUCCUCUCCCCGUGGACGGCUUCGAAGAUCACAGUUUCCAGCACGAUUCCAGACGAGCUAAUUGCAGACUUGGGAGGACCCGCUUCGCAGUCUUCGGAGAGCUUGUACAAGCUGCUUGCCGCGGCCGCUGAUUCGACCAGUCCGGAACCGUGUCUGGCACGGGUGCAGCGACCACAUGCUGAGAACUCCCUGAGGGCCUUGGAGGAAAGUGCCAGCACGGCCGCUUCUGGCACGGGAUGCGACGGCUUCGAAGCGACAGCGGAAGCGCUGCUGCACUCGAGCGAGGAGGCUUUAGAACCAAUUCCUGAUAUUCCAGGGGCCUUGCAUGUCGCCGGGUUCUUCUUGCGACCUGACCAACUCCCACCUGGUUCGGAGGAGAGGGAUUUGGAGGCUCUGGUUGAGGAAGUGCACAAAGCGUGCUCACGGGUGGCACCCGUCUCCAGGCAGCAAGCCUUGAGGCUCACGUUGGGGAUGGGCUACAACCCACAUGCCGCUCUCGCCAAAUGGAAGGAGGUAGUGGAGUGGCGAAAAGCCAACAGCAUGGAUCAUGUCCGCCAGGACCAGGCAGACAAAAUGCGCGACACGGGCGAUGUGAGUUUCCCGCAUCAGGAGGAGGUGUUUGCGAAGCUGGUGUGUGUUAGCCCGUGUGCCCUCUAUGCAGCAAAUGGCACACCCGUGUCAAUUUGGCACGCUGGAACAUUGAACGUAAGCGCAGCGGCUUCUUUGCCAUCUGAGAAUGUGGCGCGAUGGAGCCGCGCAGUCUUUGAAUACAAAGACCUUUGGAUCAGCCGGCGCAGCGAGCAGCACAAAAGGCUUCUGGGAUACAUUCAGGUGUACGACAUGCAAGGAUUAACCUGGCGGCAUUAUUCGUCGCGGGAGAUUGCAGACAAGCUGAAGACGGCCUUGCAGUCUGGGAGCUUUUACGUCGAAGCAGUCAGCCACAUGUACGUCAUCAAUGCCUCCAGGCUCUUCUCCAUGGUCUGGAAGGUGGUUCGCAAUCUAAUCUCUCCGUGGACCGCCUCGAAAAUUUCUGUCUCCAGUGGAGUUCCAGAUGACCUCAUUCACAGCCUAGGAGGGCCCACGUCGUCUGCUGCACGACGCUUCCAGCAGCUCAUAGCCAGGAGCCCGGAAGAAGCGGCGAAAAUGACGGCGGUUCUGCGGCCUCCUGGGCAGGUUUCGGAGCCCAUCUCACCCACUUCACCUUUGGCCAACUGUUCUGUCGCCACUGAACUGGGCUCGCUUCAGUCUGAGUGCACCGGUGCGCCCAAGCCCGCGCUCGACAUCGAGACAGACAUGAGCUCUGCAAAUCUGGAAGAGCCAGUGUCUCCCGGAACACGCUGUGUUGCUGGAUAUUUCUUAGAGCGGAGCCAGCUACCACCUGGCUGGGAGGGCCACGACUUGAACGCCCUUGUUGCAGAAAUCCACGGCACAUGCUCUCACAUCUCGCCGUUGACAAUGCAACAAGCCCUUCGUUUAAUGCUAGGCAUGGGCUACGAUCGAGUCGCUGCAGUUUCCAAGUGGCGUGAGAUCACCACCUGGCGCGAGACUCACGGCUUAGAGAACAUCCGGGCUCAGCAGGUGGUCGUGCUCGAGUCGACAAAGCCUAUCUGCUUUCCUUCCGAGGAGGAGGUUUACACCAAGUUUUUGAAGGUCUGCCCUUGUGCACUCUUGGCUUCGAACGGGGCUCCAGUGUCCGUGUGGCAUGCCAAGACUCUGAACUCCAGUGCUGUAGCUGAGCUAUCUGCCGCAGACAUGUCCUCUUGGAGCCACGCAGUCUUCGAAUACAAGGACGUCUGGAUUUCGCGGGAAAGUGAAGAAAGAAGACGGCUCAUCGGAUACAUUCAAGUCUACGACAUGAACGGUGUUGGCCUGCGGCACUUGACCUCGAGAGACAUCGGCGAGAAGUUGAAAGGCUGCUUGCAGCCAGGUGCUUUCUACAUGGAGGCAGUUUCGCACAUGUAUAUCGUGAAUGCUUCAGCUUUGUUCUCCAUGGCUUGGAAGGUGAUUCGGAACCUGAUUUCUCCAUGGACAGCAUCAAAGAUCACCGUGUCGAACUCCAUCCCCGAAGAGCUGCUCCGUGACCUGGGUGGGCCCGAUUCGGUGGCGUCUGGAGUCCUGAAAGAGAUCCUGGCUGCAGAAGGAGAUGACCUUGGUCGAUUUCCGGUCAUCUAA